AUGUUCACUCGCACCGCUGCUGCUGUCGCCCUCGCGGCCGUCGGUCUCGUCUCGGCCCAGACCAACUCGACUGCAAACAUCUUCACCCUCGCCAACCCCAACAGCGUCGAGCUUGGCGACCGAGUCUCGUGGUGUGUCGCCCAGAAGAACGCCUGUGGCCUGUUUUGCCAGUCGCUUGCUGCCAACGACUGCUCCGAGACGACCUUGACAUACAACUGCACCUGCACCAACAAUGAGUCGCCCGAUCUCACUCAGUACCAAAACACUCUGCCCUGGUUCAUCUGCAAGGAGAACUUUGCGCAGUGCAAUGCUGCCGGUGUCGGCAACGCGGCUGUCCAGCAAGGCUGCAUCAAGAACAUCGACGACAAGUGCGGCACCAAGAACCUGACGGACGCGAGCCCAAUUGAUGCCACCACCACCGCCCCUUCGUCGACCUCUGCCCCGGCUUCUUCCAGCACUCGCCCCGCCACCUCGCCGACCACGACUCCCAACGCUGCCAUGGUCCUUGACAUGCAGCAGGCGAGAAACGGCGCCGCGGCUGUUGCCAUUGCCGCCAUGGCUUACAUGUACAACGCUCCGUUCGAGUGGCAUCCAGCCAUGGGCGCCUUCAAACUCGCCGCCCUGGGCGUGCUCGCGCUCACGGUGCUGGGCAUCGCGUGGCUGUGGUCGCUGAACGGGAAGAUGAAGGGCGUGCCGCCAGAAGCCCUGGCCGUCUCACCACACCGCUGGACGGAGACCGAGAUGCGGGAGACAUACGGGCGUAUCAGCAAGCAUCCGAUCGACUGGACCUCACACCUCCCGCCAAAGCUCGACCGGCGGUACGUCGUGACGGGCGGAUAUGGCGGCGUGGGUGGCCAGAUAGUGCUGCAGCUGCUGGCUCGUGGACAGCCGCCCGAGAGCAUUCGCGUCGUCGACUUCAGGGGCCCCAGCCGGCAUGACAUGCUCACAGGCCCGGCCACCAAAGUCGACUUUGCCCAGGUCGACAUCUCGUCGCGGGAGGCUGUAGACGCGGCCUUUUCCAGGCCGUGGGCCAAGUCGGUCGCCGGCCUGCCGCUGACCGUCUUCCACACGGCAGCCCUGAUCGACCCCGGAAGGCGGAGCAAGUGGACGUACGCCAGCGUGCAGCGCGUCAACGUCGACGGCACGCGCAACAUUGUCGAGGCCAGCAAGGCCGCCGGCGCCACGGUCCUCGUCUACACGUGCUCCUCGUCCGUCGGCCUCCGCCCCGUGCGCUUCUGGAACAGCCCCUUUGCCGCCUGGCACGAGAACAACUGCCAGUUCCUCGCCGAGACAGACUUUGACAAGCCCGUCCGCCCGCACGCCGAAUUCUUUGGCAACUACGCCCACAGCAAGGCCGUUGCCGAGCGGCUCGUCUGCGACGCCAACUCGCCCUCCUUCCGCACGGGCUCGAUCCGCCCGGCCAACUGCAUCUACGGCAGCAGCGAGGCCGACCAGGCCGUCGGGCUGGUCCUGCGCAAGGGCACGGUCCCGACAUGGAUGCCAAACAUUAUCCAGAACUUUGUGCACGGCGGUCACGUCUCGCUCGGCCACCUGCAGUUCGAGGCCGCUCUCCUAUCGUCGUCGUCGUCGUCCACGGGGGCGGCUCCUCUGCCCAAAUGCGCCGGCCGGGCGUACAACAUCUCCGACGCCGGGCCCCCGCCCGCAUUCGCCGACAUGUACAACCUCCUGAAGCUCACCUCGGAGCCGCCGGGCCGCAUCCAGGUGAAGCCCCUGCAGCCGGCCCUGCUGCUGGCGAUAUCGUACAUUGUCGAGCUGUUCGACGUUGCCGCGCACAUGCCGGUCCUCGGGAGGCUCAUCUCCGCGCCCAAGGGGGACCUGGCCACCCUCCAGCCCACGGUGUUCACGGCGUCCACGCAUACCCUCGCCACGGACGCCGCGGCCUGCAAGAGCAUCGCGGACGGCGGGAUCGGGUUCAGGCACGUGUGCACGAGUAUGGAGGGGAUGGCCGGGCAGGCGGCGGAGUGGAACCAGAGACAGGCGGCGGCUGCGGCCACGGAGAAAGUUUGA